AUACAUAUGGGAUGAGGGACUACAGUCUCCGCGUCUGUCGACGUUGGAGUACCAGCGCGCAUUUGCGGUGUGGUCGCGCUCGAUUCGUGCAUCCCGUUGCACAUCCGGCGGUACGCAUCAUUGGCCGAUGCGGCUGCGGCAAUCCAGGGGCCAGAGCGAAGUUGUGAACCUUCUUUCACCAAUCGUCACUCUGGCACACAGAGGGCGUCCAUGAUUGUCCAGCGUCUCUGCAGAAGCGCGCAAGCUACGCCGUCACACAAAGCACCACUGGUAUGGAGGAGAUGGCAGUCCUCGCUGUCACUGGAACGCCUCCAGAAACCAAUCCAGUCGUACAUCUCGACGUCGCGUGAUCCGUACUUGAACCUGUCCAUCGAGCAUCACCUGCUGCAGAAGAGUUCACCAGAGUCGGCCAUACUGUUUCUGUACGUUAACAGACCGAGCAUCAUCAUCGGACGCAACCAGAAUCCCUGGGUGGAAGUAAAUCUUGCGCUUCUCGGCCCGUCACGAAAUCACCUGGCGACCGAACCUCCCGGGCUGGGAGCCGUGGAUCUCGUGCGACGAAGAAGUGGUGGUGGCACGGUCUUUCACGAUGAAGGCAACGUUAACUGGACCGUGAUCUGCCCUUCUGCAGACUUCACUCGCGACAAGCAUGCCGAGAUAGUAGUGCGAGCGCUGAGAAGCUGUGGCGUAGAAAGAGCCCGCGUCAAUGCCCGGCACGAUAUCGUGCUCGACCAGGGCACACGUGGAGUUGACACGGAUCCUGAGGACACUCACAGCACGCCGUAUGAAGCAACUGAUUUCGAUACACCACGGCCGCUCAAGGUGUCGGGAUCUGCAUACAAGCUCACCAGAAAUCGAGCGCUGCACCAUGGCACCUGCCUGCUCAACACUCCAAACCUCAACAUAAUCCCUGAUUAUUUGCAUUCGCCCGCAAAAUCAUACAUAUCAGCGCGAGGAGUCGAGAGCGUCAGCUCACCCGUCGGCAACAUCUUGCUAAGCAACGAAGACUUCGUUUCCGCUGUGCAGGAGCAUUUUGCUAAACAGUAUGGUGGGACCCGGGACCCGUUAGAGGUCGGCGCUGAAUCGCUUGACGACGAAGUGGUGCGCAAAGGUUAUGAUGAGUUGAAGUCAUUGGAUUGGACCUACCUGCAGACGCCACAGUGGUCUAUGAGUUCUUCGGAUGAUGUUGUACCAGGCGUCAAGCUGGACCUCUCUGUCAGAUAUGGCGCAGUCAAUGGCGCAUCUCUCAAGCUUGGGGACUCUUCUCGCGAUAUCAGCCAAGCUCUGAAAGACGUCAAAGUGCACGAAGUGUCAGACUGGGCAUCUGUGAUGCGGCCGGCACUCGCUCAAGCUGGAAUCGAGUCUACCCAGGAAACAUCGCUGUACCGUUGGCUGAACACGAUGCUGCCAACUCGAAGGUGAAGCCUGCUCUCAAGCGUGCUACCACAUGCUCAACCGAGGGCAAAGAAAUGUAGGCUGCCAUACUGGCAUCGAAUGUACAGAUAACGACGAUCUGCUGCGUCCAAUCAUGCACGGCAAUAAUGGAGACCACUCGAGAACGCUCGGCUUAAGAGUCCGCCGGAUCUCUCCAUUCAUAUUGGGCUCAUUCCACGGGCCUAACGUGCUCGGCACGAUGCUCCAUGUCACCUUCAUACCGCACAGUCGAGGGCUAUUACUCGACAACUUAUGGCAGAGAUUAUGGAUGCGUGUAUGCUUCAGUAUACACUUGGCUGUACAUUUCAACCACGCCCACGUGAAGUGCGAGUGUCGUUCGUGUUGAGGUCUGUCAACAGACACAAUGGAGGGGUAGAAGCAGACUAUGCACCCGUAAAGACAUCUUUAUAGUACAGCGACCGCCAUGCAUCGCACCGGGCGCAUGUGCUGCGUACGCUCUGCCACCAGACGUAAAGCGCCAUGCCGCGCAGCGCCCACCCUCGUGGUCUGCAACAGCAGACUGGUAUCCGCGAUGCUCACAUCUUCUCUUCUCUUCUUCGUAUUCUCCUGGAUCCGUAACAUCUGUUGCACUUCUCAAGCCAGACAAGAGAAAAGAGUUGUCCACCAAAAGCGAACCUGCCACACCACAAGUACUCUUGUCGAGCACCUCAAAUUGCAGCAGGAUUAUGAAAGGUGAUUGAAAUCGAUUUUGGCAACACAGGAAUAUACAUUCGCCCAAUAAAACUGCUGACGAUAUAAGGGUAUAGGUGCCAAUUUUAUCAACUUACGGAAGAAAGAGGUUUGCAAGGGAGAAUUUGGAAAAGUAGCUGCUCGGCGGGCGGGCGGGAGAAGGCGGAUGAGUCAGCAGCCGUGGUGGAUCUUGUUGCUUGGUAUCUUCUGCUCUUCGAUAUGCAAACCUCACAGACGUCCUCGAUGUACCAUAGUCUGUAUGUGCGCC